UGACAUUGAGGAGUGUGGUCUUAAUACUUUAUAAAGCUCCCCCCAUUUGUGGCCAAGCACUGUGAAAAAGACGACUGUUAAUUCCUGAUUGGCAAUAACAAGCGCUGGGAAAAGUCGACACCUCGCGUUACUGCUCCGCAAAAAUGAGUGAGAGACAAGGCACCGGGGCAUCAAGUGCCAACAGCAAAGCAAAUGAAGGACAAGAUACAUCCAAGAAAGAAGCACCCGCCGAGGAAUUUGACAUCGACUUGGAAGCCCCCGAAACGGAGAAGGCGGCUGUCGCCAUUCAGUCGCAGUUCAGAAAGUUCCAGAAGAAGAAGAAUGAGGACAAAUCCUAGGAGCUGGGCGAUGGGCUUGCUUCCAUUGGCUGGAGAGCGGCAUGUCAUUGCAUGUUGAAGAAAUCACGCUGUAUGGACUCGGGGGGGGGGGGAGCUCAGAGGUUCCCUGUCAAUCACUGACAUGUCUGUGAAAUCAUAUAUGUAACCCAUGAUUUGAUUGAUGCUAUAAUAAAUUAUAUGGUUCUAAAUGUU